AUGCGGCGACACAGGGCGGGCGGUCCGGUGCGGGCCCACGUCUCCCCCGUGCCCGACCCCUUCGCCAUGGUGCGCGCCUUCGACAGCGACUCGAACCCUGCGCGUCCCAUCCGCCCCUCCCCGCUGGCCGCCUCGACCAUCCAGGGCCUGCCGCUGGACCUCCUCGACCGCCUGCGCUCGUUUCCGCUCUUCCAGCAGGCGCCCGACUCGUUCCUCACCGCCGUCGGCAUGCACCUCAAGCCCCAGCUGUACCAGCCGCACGACACCAUCCUCACAGAGGGCGAGACGGGGAAGGCCAUGUACUGGCUGGUUCGCGGCGCGGUGCGCGUCACGUCACGCGACCAGGAGAGCACAUUCGCCGAGCUGAAGCCUGGCGCCUUCUUUGGCGAGAUUGGCAUCCUCAUGGACAUCCCCCGCACCGCAACCAUCAUCGCCAACAUGCGCUCCCUCGUCGUGCGCCUCAACAAGGAGGACCUGAUGAAGGAGCUGCCCAAGUUCGCCCAGGUAGAGCGCGCCAUCAUGGACGAGGCCAAAGAACGCCUCGCCAUCCUGCAGCGCAAGAAGCAGGAGCUGGGCGCCACCAGCAAGCGUCCCGCCAUGCCCGUCCGCCAGAUAACGGGAAAGCGCGAUCGCGAGGAUGGCGACGUGGUCAUGGCAGAGAGCGGCACCCUGCGCGACGGCGAGGUUGUCAACGCGUACAAGAAGAGGAAAUCCCCCAGCCCUGGCCUUACUGAAGUCGCCGCUCACAGCGCGUUUGGCAGUGGCGGGGUGCACGUGAGGUCGCUGCUGAAAGAGCUGCCGCUUUUCUCCAGCCUACCUGACGAGAUUCUGCACUUCCUGGGCAUGCGUGCUCACAUUCGCUUCUUCGACCCCUUCGACGACAUCAUCAAGCAGGGGAGUCAGGGGCGCGAUGUGUAUUUCAUUGUCAAGGGCGAAGUCGAGGUCGUGACUGUGGCGCCCGAGCAGAAUGGGCAUGCGGCGUACAACUUUGGCCGUAGGAGAUCCAUUGCUGCUGGCGAGCACAAUUUCCAAGAGGUCAAGGCUAGACUGAAGCCCGGGCAGUAUUUUGGAGAAGUUGUCAGUCUGUCGCUCGCACCACGCCGCACUGCCACCGUUCGGUCCAUAUCUUCUGUCGAGUGUCUGAUGGUCAGCGGAGACACGCUCAACCAGCUGUGGGAAAAGUGCACCCCAGACGUGCGCCGACAAGUGGAAUCGGUUGCAAAAGAGCGUCUCCAGACUGCCAAAGACAACGACAUACAUAUGAUGGAUGUGGAUAGUACUCCAAAAAUCGAUGAGUUGGCUAUCGCAGACAUAAUUCUACCACGAACCCCAACUCGGAAGAACAGUGUUCCCAUUGUCACCUUCCAUGGCACCCUUGGCACAAUCAGCAGUCCUGCCACACCUGUCCGGAGAGACGAGAAGAUGAUGGAACCUUUUGAUCCCGAUCCCUUUCUCAACAUCGAUCUUGACAACGUGAGAUCUAGAUCGCGAAGAGGCUCACUCGCGCCUCCCGCUCCUGAAUUACCCAGCAGUCCAUCAAAAGGCGUUUUAGACAUCCCCAAGUCGCAACCCUCGCCAUCACCGAUCAGCUCCCCACUCUCGCGGUCGCCCCUUCCUAAACAUGCAGUCACUCCACCGGAAGCUCCCUUCGAUUUCAAACGUCCGCGAAUGAUACGCAAGCCAAGCAGAUAUAGCAGAGGCAUGUUGCCUGAUCUCGUGUUGGUUGGGAUCUUCCAACACCUGAACUUACAUGAGUUGAUGCGAUUGCGCCGAAUAUCGUGGCAUUGGCAUAAGAUUAUAUCAACGUCACCAGACAUUCUUCACGACCUUGAUCUGGCAAAGUACAAUCGCAAAGUCACAGAUCGCACGCUGGUAGACAUCAUAUGUCCGUUUGUCGGUAGCCGUCCCAAGUAUAUCAACAUUAGCAAUUGCUUCCAUAUCACGGACGAGGGCUUUGGCGAACUUGCAAAAACUUGUGCCCCCGGUGUCAAGAUAUGGCGAAUGAAGAGCGUCUGGGACAUCACAGGUCCUGCUGUUCUCGAAAUGGUGCAGAAGGCCAAAGGCCUCGAAGAAGUGGAUCUCAGCAAUUGUAGAAAAGUAGGCGAUAACCUCCUAGCACGUGUUAUUGGGUGGGUGGUUCCUGAGCUGCCUCCUCAAAUGGCGCUCGCACAUGCACAACACCAAGCGCAAGUAAACAACCGACGCACAUCUGGACAGAAAACGGCUGGGGCCAACGGGCAGGCGGUACCACAACCUCUUCCGGCUGGAACUGUAGUUGGAUGUCCCAAGCUUCGUCGCCUGACGCUGAGCUACUGCAAACAUAUCACGGACCGGUCGAUGGCGCAUAUCGCUGUUCACGCGGCGAAUCGUAUCGAAUCAAUUGAUCUUACGAGGUGCACGACGAUCACAGACGUUGGGUUCCAGCAUUGGAGCGUGUACCCGUUUCCGCGGCUGACGAAGUUGAUUCUUGCGGAUUGCACGUAUUUGACUGACAAUGCGAUUGUGUAUCUGACCAAUGCAGCAAAGGGGUUGAGGGAGUUGGACUUGUCCUUUUGCUGCGCUCUGUCCGACACAGCAACAGAGGUCCUCGCCCUUGGCCUGCCCAAUCUCACACACCUCAAUCUUGCCUUCUGCGGGUCGGCAGUCUCCGAUACGUCACUGCGUUGCAUUUCGCUGCAUCUUCUCGAGCUUCGCAAUCUUUCGGUUCGCGGGUGCGUCAGAGUCACAGGUACUGGUGUAGAGGCAGUUGUCGAAGGUUGCAGAGAUCUGGAGGUUUUUGACGUGAGUCAAUGCAAGAACUUGGGGAGAUGGUUAAAUGCUGGUGGGCCACAGAUGGUAGCGCAAAGGGGGCGAAACGUCAGGUUUGAUACGGUCGCCGAUGGUAGGUGGAGGGCAGGACGAGGAAGAUGA